AUGGCGCCACACAGUGUUCGAUGGGGUAUCAUGGUGUUCACCAAGGACCUUCUCAUUGACCCCAAUGUCCGCGAUGCCUCAGACGUAGCCCACCAAAUUGUGGCUGUCGCCUCAUCCUCUUCAAAAGAUAAAGCCGAACAAUUCAUCCAAGCUCGAGGCAUCACAACUCCCUGCUCUGCAUAUGGCGACUACGAGGCUCUCGUAGCUGACCCCAAUGUCGAUGUCAUCUACGUCGCGACCCCGCACUCCCACCACUACCAGAACGCCAGAUUGGCCCUGGAAGCUGGCAAGCAUGUUCUUUGCGAGAAGGCGUUCACUGUCAAUGCUGCCCAAACUAAGAUUCUAGUUGACAUCGCCCGGAAGAAGAACCUCUUCCUAAUGGAGGCUGUCUGGACUCGCUACUUCCCGCUCAGUAUUCAGAUCCGCGAGCUUAUCCAAAAGGGCGAGAUCGGUGAGGUGGUCCGUGUUGUUGCUGAUACGAGCUUUGGGGAUGACGUUGAGACUAAAUGGGGCACUACUCACCGUAUGGUGAACCCUGAUUUAGCGGGUGGUUGUCUUUUGGACUUGGGUAUCUACUCCUUGACCUGGGUCUUCCAGACUCUAUAUCACACCCUGCCUCGGGACCAAAGAAAGCCACCCACUGUUUCCUCGCAGAUGACUCCCUACCAUCUGACCGGUGUGGAUGAGUCCACUACCAUGCUCCUGAAUUUCCCUACAAGCACUCCCUCCAACAGCUCGGAGACUCACCAGUCGCACGGUAUCGCCUUGACCAACAUCCGUGUCUCUGCUGAUCCGGAUGAGAAGGGCUCUGCUGGUCCUUCUAUCCGUAUCCAGGGUACCAAGGGUGAAAUCCAAGUGCGUGGUCCACCUUUCCGCCCACAAGGUUACCGUGUUGUUCCCAAGAAGGGCGAAGGCGAGGUUCGUGAUGUUGAAUGCCCCUUCCCUGGUAAUGGUCUCGGUAUGUACUGGGAAGCUGACGAGGUUGCUCGCUGCCUCCGGGACGGUAAGCUCGAGAGUGAGGGCUUGCCGUGGGAGGAGAGCAUCGUUAUUAUGGAGGUGAUGGAUGAAGUUCGGAAGCAGGGUGGUUUGACUUAUCCUCAGAAGAUUGAGUCAACUGAAUACCCCUUGCAAUUGUAG